CAGGGCGGCAGUGGCCCAGCUUGUUGCCAGUGCCUCCUCUAGUUUCAUUAGUUUCAUCUGGCUCCGCCCGUUUUGUGACAUGCUCUAGCUAGUUGUGUCUGGAACACACGUGAAGGUUCCGUACGUACAUGCCGCGGGUGGCUCCAUCUGCCUGUAGAUUCAUUUCACAAUCGAACUGAAUAGUACUGCAGCAGCAAAACCGCAACGGUGCUCCUCCUGUUAUCAACUUGAAUCGGGAUACUGUACUAUGCGGUGCCGUAAUAGCGAGAAGUAGUCCCGCUGUAGUUGGAACGCCUUCCGUGAGGGCGCAACAAAGAGCGAGAAGGAACAGCUAUUAAUAGUAUGGUACGCAGCACAUCUCCGAAUGCAUCCAAGGACUCGGAGGCAGAAAUGGAGCGCUCGCUCGAGGAGUGCCCGGAACACCACUGCUCUAGUUACCGAAAGCGGCAGCUGAUGAUAGUUGCUGGCUGCUCUUUCACAGCACCAAAUACAUGUUCAGUCGUACCUCGUACCCUACCGGCCGGUGCCUACCAAUACUGAAGAGCAUCAGCAGGCUGGUCCCAUCCCAAGCCUUCGGCUUCCCUCCUCUUCGAAUGAAUCUUGCGCCAUCGCAUCGUUUUCACCGAUCGGCACUCUACAUACAUUUAUUCCAGUGGCAUGCUGCAGCGCUUCUUGGGUACGACGGUUGUGGGUACCAGCGCAAUGAACACAAGUACGUGCUGCCUUUUAGGUUCUUGCUAUGGUUGGCUGCUGGCUGAGUUGUUGGGUUCGUUGGCUGUUCGCUUUGCUUUGCCUUGAGACCAGCAGUGAGUUUGCAGGUGUUUUAAACUACUGUAGAAGCAACUUUUCCUCUCGACCCAUGCAGAGAUGCCUGCAUCGUCUUUAAGAGUUGGUCCUCGUGUGAUUUCAUCCCGAUUUCAUCCCGAUUUCAUUGCAACCAUCUAAUCAAGCAGCCACCCAAGAAACCGAUGGCUGGCUGAUUCAGUCAGCCCUGCGGUUUCGAAAGCAAGCCACUGUCUCUUCCAAUUCAUUAUUGACCACCUUCAAGACCUAAUGUCAUGAACCAUGAAAGACAGAGCAACCUGUUUGUAUACAUUAGUUGUUUUUUGUCCUGGUCCUUCACCGCCGCAAGGGACAUGGCAGCGAGUACAGCGUACUAGUACACAGUUUUUGCAAGGAUUCGAUUCGAUUCGAUCGAUUCGAUUGAUCAUUCUAUUUAAAGAAAAGUUCAGUCGAGCUUUCCUUUAAGCCUUUUCCAGAAUUGCUCCAGUCGUCAGCUAACCCACCGGCACCAAAAAUCCUUCGUACGGCGAGAAAUCUCCGGUCGUCAUUUGGAUCUCUUCACACGAUCGGCUCUUGUGCACUUUUUGCACUUCGAGUCGCUCACAAAACAAACUCGAGACAUAGCUGAAUCGAUUUGCCUACUACCAGGUAUCUAUUCGCCACAGAAGCAACAUCGCCCACUUGUACUAAUAAUUAAUUAAUACAACAUCAUGUCUUCAACACCCUUUGAAUAUCCCAUUGCAGGUCCCAAUGCCUACUUUUCGGAUCCUUGUGUUCCUGAGGACACAACGACUCCACGCCUUGUGACAGAUGAUGGCAUUGAGUACGUCCGGACUCCUGAAGAGCAUUUUGCCAACCUUUCCGCCAACGGCUAUCCUUGGAAACCCAACUAUGCCAUGAUUGAAGGCAUGCGGAUGCAUUAUGUGGAUGUUGGCAGUCCUGAUGCAGAGGAGAUUGUGCUCUUGUUGCACGGGCAACCUUCAUGGUCCUUUCUAUACCGCAAAAUGAUCCCAGUGUUGGAGGAAAGAGGUUUCCGUGUGUUGGCAUUGGAUUGGCUCGGAAUGGGCAAGAGUGACAAACCCGUAGAUCUUUCUCAGCACACCUUCUUGAAGCAAGUUGAACGACUCAAGGCAUUCAUCAAACAGGUGGUUCCCGAGGCAAUGGACGAACCCACCAUUAAUCUCUUCAUCCAAGAUUGGGGAUCCUUGAUUGGAUUUCGUGUUGUGGGUGAUGAGCCUCAGUGGUUCCGUCGUGUCGUGUCAGCCAAUGGCAAUCUUCCGGUCAUUCCCAAGAAUCCAUUUACAAUUGUCAAUCCAGUCAACUACAACUGCAGUGAUACCCGUUCCAUGCUAGAUGUGGGCAUGGACCGCUUCCAAUCAAAUCCCUGUGGUGCUGACCAAUCUUGCUUUGGUAUUUGGGCCAACUAUGCCUUGACUUCGCCUGCCUUGCUGCCAUCUGAUGUCAUUCAAAUUGCUACCACCAUGACUCUUGAUGAUGGUGCAUUGGCUCAGUAUGAUGCUCCCUUUCCGGACUUUGUGUACAAGGCCGCCAUUCGUACGUUUCCUUCCAUGAUUGCUGGUUUGCAUGAACCUGAAUCUGGCAAUACUGCGGCAUGGGCAUCCUUGGGAGAAUUCAGCCGCCCCUACUUGGCCUUGGCAGGCGAAGAUGACCCUGGCUUGGGGUCCGAAGAAACCCAAGACAGGCUGACAAGCCAUAUUCCUGGCGCUUCUGUGCACGAGUUUGAGCACAAGCGCUAUCCUGAUGCGGGUCACUUUAUUCAGGAAGAUGUUGGCGAAGAAAUGGCAGCUUAUGUUGCCGAUUUCAUUCAAGGAACUCCCUUCAUGGAUGAGGGCCCCGCUGAGUUGGAAGGAGUAGAUGAUGCCUCGUCGGUUGCUGUGCAUGGGGCUGAAUUGAACGGAGGGAUGCUCGUUUUCUUGAUGGCUGCCCUUUUCCUCCGCAAGUUCAUGAGCGUCUUCUAGGCAACUAGUGGCCUUUUUUUGUGUUUGAUUGUGUUUGCGAUGACGAUACAGCUAUAGAGCUAGGUAGAUACGAAACAAACAAGCACUAUCAGUUGUGUGAUGUCGAAGGCUAAUUCUACGUAGACUA